AUCCCCUUUCUCCACUAAGGUCCUUGCAGCGUCUCUCCGUACUUUUACAAUUCAAAGGUUAACUUUGAAAUACACAUCAUCGGAUUGAAAUGAAACUCUACACCGUAUUCAAGAAGACCGUCAAACAGGCCGUCCUGAAGGCCACUCUCAUGGGCGCCGUGCUGGGCCUUGGUGCCCUGCUCGGCGGCGCGGCGUGGAAGGCCGCGACCACCGCCUCGCGGGUGUGCGAGGCGGUGCAGGCGUGGGAGGACAAGGGCCUCCACGCCACCAACGUGUGGCGGGCGCGGGAGGUGCUGGCCCGCCAAGGGUGGCUCGGCCCCCUGCGCCCCAGUCCCCCUCUGGACCCCCUGGAGGCCUGCGGGCUGGUGCCGGGCGAGGCGUCGGCCUGCUGGUGGCGGCUGCUGCUGCAGCCCCGCCAGGCAGGGCGGCUCCUUGCCUGCCUGGAGGAGCGGGUGGUCGAGGCCGAGGCCGACCACGAGGCUUUCGGGGCCCGCCUGUGCUGGGGCGUCAUCCUGGCGCUGGCGGUGCCUCUGGGCCUCAUGGCCGCGCGUCGCCUCGUCCGCCGCUCAGUGAAGGGGGUUAAUGGGCAGCAGGAAAGCCCAAGCGACGACUGUUUCGUGGAUGCCCCUGAAGCCGAUGCCGGCGAGGCACUGGUGGAAGAUUGGGCAACCCCGGCAGCCGAUGUGGACGUAACGGAGGAAACUUGGACAACAGCGACAGCAGUUGUGGAAGAGUUGAUGGUGAAGAAGGAGGAGAGCAGCGCCACGCCACCAGACGAUGAGUCUGUGACUGUAGAGUCAACUACACCUACAGUCUUAUCAUCCGCUGUAGAGGACUGUGUGGCGUCUGAGGUGGUGAAAGAUCCUGAGAAUAUGAAUGUGUUGGCCACUGCAGAGACUGUGGAGUGUGAGGAGGUGGAGGAAGAAGGCGGUGGCACAGUGUACACAGAGGUGGAAAGUACAGAUGACGAUGCCGAUAACAAGGCCGCCGAUAAAACAGAGGAAGCGGCCGAAGUGUCGUCAGUUCCAGACGACUUUGUGCAGAACAAAGUGGUGAGCGAGGACCCCGAGGGUCUCGCGGGCCAGGAGCCGCUGAGCUGCACGCUGGCGGCGGAGGCGGCGCCCUCCGAGGGGAAGGAAGAGAAGAAAAAGAAAAGGAGGAGGAAGCGCAAGAACCUUGGCCCCGCCGAUGUGCUGAAGGCAUCUGGUGACGCACAAGUCAAAGACGAUCACAAGACGGAUGCCAAGACUGAGGUCAAGGAGGAGAAGGCGCCAAAGGCUGAAGCCAAGGGAAAGGCGGCGCCAAAGCCUGAGGUCAAGAAGAAGGCGGCGCCAAAGGCUGAAGCCAAGGGAAAGGCGGUGCCAAAGCCUGAGGUCAAGAAGAAGGAGGCGCCAAAGGAUGAAGCCAAGGGAAAGGCGGUGCCAAAGCCUGAGGUCAAGAAGAAGGCGGUGCCAAAGCCUGAGGUCAAGAAGAAGGCGGUGCCAAAGCCUGAGGUCAAGAAGAAGGCGGUGCCAAAGCCUGAGGUCAAGAAGAAGGCGGUGCCAAAGCCUGAGGUCAUGGAAAAGGCCAAAUCUGUGGUGAAGAAUGUUACGGAGAAAGUCACCAGAAGGAAAAAGAAGCCCGCCCCGGCCCAGCCCAAGGCAGCCCCGCCCAGCCCGCCCCUCCACAGCGUGCGGCAGUCCUGGCAGGAGGACGUGGUGACGGUGCGGCUGCCGGUGCCGCCGGCCAGACGCAGGCACGUCAUCGGCCCGCGCGGGGACACAGUCCGGCAGCUGCGGCGGGACUACCCCGGCGUGCACGUGGCGGUGCCGCUGCCGAAGGACGCCGACGCCCACGUAACCUUCAGGGGCCCCAAGAGCCAGGCGGUCGCCGCAUCGCGGGAAGUCGCCGCGCGCCUCCAGGAAAUCGAGGCUCAGCUACGCGAGGCUGCACGGCUCCGCCAGCAGGCCGUGGCCACGGCGGUGCUGGACGUGGCGCCCAACAGGCGGCGCCUCGUGGUGGGCCCCGGGGGCGAGGAGCUCCUGAAGCUGCAGCAGCAGCACCCCGGCGUGAGGGUGUCCGUGCCGCCCGCCAUCGACACGGAGUCCCGCAGCGUCACCAUCAGGGGGCCGCCCGCCGAGGUGCGCGCCGUCCAGGCCAAGAUCAAGAACCGCCUGGCAGCGAUCGAGCGGCAGCGGCAGCUCCUGAGGGCCCGCAGGCGGCGGCGACACCAAGGUGCGGCUUCGGCGUCAGGGGCUUCCCCGGCCAAGGGUUGCUAAGGUGUUGACGCCAGUGUCGCGUGUUACAGCUGCGUCAGUGCCCACACAGUGUUGUGGCGACAAGCGGGGAAUGUUUCGGGGUUUUCACAGGGAUUACUUACUUAACUGUUUCUUACUUAAUAUCUGAU